CUUAGCCAAUGUCCAUUCCAUUACAUGUCACAUUUAUUUCCUGUCAAUAUCGCUUCAAUUUCUAUGGUGUCUGACCUAUCUCACCCCAAGAUAUGUUGUGUACUUUAUGCAUAUUAUAAUUUUAUUUUCAUACCCAAAAUAAAGAUGUGCUAAUAAUGGCAGCGGGGAGAACUUGCCUUUUAUUAGGAAUUUUGUUGAGCACAAUAAUGCGGGGAAUUAAUUCUAUUUUUAAUUGGGUCUUUGUCAUUGAGGGUUUCUGGGUCACAGUAAGUAGAUGUUAAGGUCUAGGUUUCGAAAACCUUGAUGGGUCUGUGUUGUUUUGUAUAAGCUUUAAGGUUGAAGCUUUUUCGUGUUGCUUUUGACGAAAUUAUUGCUGUUCCGGAUUUUACGUCUCGUACUCUCGUGGGAACUUAGAUCAUUUGAUUCCUAAAGAAAGUGUGGUUUUGGGGUUGGGGGGGAUGAAUUUACACACUGCGUGACAAUUGUCAGAUUUGAUUUUAAUGCAGUUGUCCAUUUUUAAUUAACAGAAAUUCACCUAUUUUAAUGUUUAUCACUGGUUGAAUUUAUUUGACCAAAAAAAUUUACUCUAGCAAAACGAUGUUUCAUUUUAGACUUCAAUGUUUAAAAUUAGAAUCAAAUCAUUUGUCCCCUUUGGCUGUAAACUUUCUUCUCCAACAAUUAAAAAUAAACAUCUCUACAAUAAAAAAUAAAAAAUAAUAAUAAUAACCUGAAGAGACAAUUCUUGUAUUUAAAAGAAAUAUAUUUUUAAUGAGACGUCAUUUUUCAACUAGAGGGACUAGCAUGAAGAUAAGUGAUUUCCAUUUGUUAAAAUUUUCUUAAGCCUUACCCAAGAGUCAUAUAUUUUUUUUUUAGUACAUAUCCAAGAGUCACAGUUCAAGUGCUUCUAAGUCUAUUUUGGGAACUAUUUCAUACUCAGAGAAUCUCACCCAGGUGGUUUUGCAUGAAUUCAAUGAAUUGUACCCUAUCUUCUUCUCCAUAAACCAGUGGUUAGAUGGGAGUCAACAAUCAUAGGAAGCAUAUUGUAUGGUAUUGCCAAUUUUAAAAUAGUAUCAUGGAAGUACUUCCUUGUUCUGGUGUUCAGUAUGCUGGGGGAUCUGAUUGCUCACAGCCAUGUUCAGGAACAACUUUUGUAAACCAGGGUGAACCUAAUUUCCCUGAAAGUACUGAUCAGGCUAAAUUGGAGGAUGAUCGAUUGAAUGAUUCAUUAAAAUUGGAAGGGGCUCAGAUAGAAGGACAAGAUCAAAUGCAACAGACAGUUUGUGAACUCUUGACUAAUAUAGAUUGUCAAUGUGGUGGAGCUUCAUGUUGUGACUGUCAAGUGGAGGGCCAGAAGGAAUUCUAUAGUUUUCAUGAUGUUGAAGAUGAUGAAAUAAAUGAACCCUGCUUAGCCUUUGAAAACUCUGUCUCUAUUGUUGAUACAAUUGAAAGUGAAUUACCAAAUGAUAUUAGUGAAGUAGAGUUGUUAUUUUCUGAACCCACUUGGCUGAAGGGGGAUGCGCCUGUGGCAUUGUGGGUCAAGUGGAGAGGGAACUGGCAGGCUGGUAUUAAAUGUGCAAGGGCUGACUGGCCAUUAUCAACUUUAAAAGCAAAACCAACUCAUGGCCGGAAGAAAUAUUAUGUCAUAUUUUUUCCUCACACAAGGAACUAUUCUUGGGCUGAUAUGCUGCUUGUUCGUUCAAUUUAUGAGUUUCCCCAGCCUAUUGCAUACAAAACUCACGAAGCAGGACUGAAAAUGGUAAAAGACUUGACUGUUGCAAGACGGUUUAUAAUGCAAAAGCUAGCCAUUGGUGUAAUUAGCAUUGUUGAUCAGCUUCAUCCUAAUGCCUUGCUAGAAACUGCUCGUGAUGUGAUGGUUUGGAAGGAAUUGGCUAUGGAGACUUCUCGUUGUAACAGUUAUUCAGAUUUUGGAAGAAUGCUUCUAAAGCUACAAAAUAGCAUAGUAAAGCACUACACAAAUGCUGAUUGGAUGCAACAUUCAUCUUACUCUUGGGCUGCACGAUGCCAGAAUGCAAAUAGUGCCGAAUCUAUAGAGCUACUGAAGGAGGAAUUGUUUGAUUCUAUUUUAUGGAAGGAUGUCAACACUCUCUGGGAUACACCGGUGCAAUCAACAUUAGGUUGUGAAUGGAAAACCUGGAAGCAUGAUGUGAUGAAAUGGUUUUCGACAUCACCUUCCUUUUCUAGCAGUGAGGAUAUGCAGCAAUUGACAUUUGAUGGGUUGUACCAAGUAAGCCUUCAGGUUGGUAGAAAAAGGCCCAAACUUGAAGUUCGUCGGGCAGAGACACAUUCUUCACUGGUGGAAACCAACUGUUCAGAUCACCCAAUUACUCUUGAAACUGACCCAGGUUUCUAUAGAAAUAAGGACAUUUCGAGUACAGUAUCAGUUGAGACUUCUACACACAAAUAUGUUAGGGAGGUACCUGUGGCAACUGAUUUACCUAGUAAUUUGACCAAUAAAUGGAAAGAAAUUGUAGUUGAUGCUGCUGAUUCCAAUAUGUUGCAUUGCAGUGGAAUGGAAUCAACACAUAUGAAUGAAAUGGUUGGUAAAAAAAUUGUAGAACCUGAUACUAAGAAUCGACAAUGUGUAGCUUAUAUUGAAGCCAAGGGAAGACAGUGUGUGAGAUGGGCAAAUGAUGGUGAGGUAUACUGCUGUGCGCAUUUGUCAUCUCGUCUUUCGGGCAGCUCAGUAAAAGCUGAAAAACCUGUUUCAGUUGAUACUCCAAUGUGUGGAGGUACAACUGUUCAUCAUACUAAAUGUAAGCAUCAUGCCCUUCCUGGCUCUUCAUUCUGUAAGAAACACCGUCCCCGUGCUGAAACAGAUGAGACCUCAAAUUUAACCAAUAGUAUGCUGAAGAGAAAACUUGAAGAAAAACAAAUUGGUUCAGAAGUCUUGAUCAGCAAAGACAUGGUAUUGAUAAAUGCUGAAAGUUCAUUUCAAGUAGAACCGGUGCCAGCCAUUGAUGGUGAUUCCUUCGUUGAAAGAAGCAACUUAGAUGAGAGGCCCAUCCUUUCUGGAAAUGAUCAGAUUGCAAUGGAGGCACUUCGCUGUAUAGGCUCUCCUCCUUAUGAUAACAAGGACCCUUGUUUGGAGGCACCAAACCGAUAUUUCUUAUAUUGUGAAAAACACCUUCCAAGCUGGCUUAGACGUGCAAGAAAUGGAAAGAGUAGGAUAAUAUCAAAAGAAGUGUUCACAAAACUUUUAAGGGACUGCUGCUCAUGGAAGCAAAAGGUGCACCUGCAUAAAGCAUGUGAGCUUUUUUACAGGCUAUUGAAAAGCAUUCUGUCACAAAAAAGCCCAGUUUCUAAGGAAGUUCAGUUCCUGCAGGCUCUAACUGAAGCCUCAAAAGAUACUAGUGUUGGAGAAUUCUUUACAAAGUUGGUUCGUAGUGAAAAGCAGAGAAUCAAAUUGAUUUGGGAAUUUGACGAUGAAAUAAAUGUAUCCUCACUUGUGGAAGGACCACCUCUCAUUCCAUCCACAGAUAAUGACAGCUAUGAUAAUGAAAAUGCCAUUAAGUGUAAGAUUUGCUAUGCAAAAUUUCUUGAUGACCAAACUCUUGGCAACCAUUGGAUGGACAACCAUAAGAAGGAAGCACAGUGGCUGUUCAGAGGUUAUGCGUGUGCCAUUUGUCUGGAUUCUUUUACAAACAAGAAACUAUUGGAAAUCCAUGUUCAGGAGAGACACCAUGUGCAGUUUGUUGAACAGUGCUUGCUUCUCCAAUGUAUUCCCUGUGGUAGUCAUUUUGGAAAUAUGGAGCAGUUGUGGCUGCAUGUUCUAUCAGUUCACCCUGCAGAAUUCAAGCCAUCUAAAGCUCCUGAGCAGCAAACUUUGCCUACUUGUGAGGACUCUCCAGAAAAAAUUGAGCAGGGAAAUUCAGCUUCUGUGGAGAAUAAUUCUGACAAUCUAGGUGGUUUGCGGAGGUUUGUUUGUCGGUUUUGUGGGUUAAAAUUUAAUUUACUACCUGACCUGGGUCGCCAUCAUCAAGCUUCUCAUAUGGGGCGCAAACUAGUUAGCAGCUGCUCUACAAAAAGGGGAGUUCGUCAUUAUACACAUAGAUUAAAAUCUGGCAGACUUAGCCGACCUAGAUUUAAAAAUGGUUAUGCAGCAGCAGCAGUUAAGAUCAGGAAUAGAGCUAAUGCUAAUUUAAAGAGAAACAUUCAGGAAACAAAAUCACUUGACAUGGUGGAAACAACCAUAAAAGAUCAUGUAACUGAGACAGCAAAUGUUGGGAAGUUGGCAGAAUAUCAAUGCUCGGCAGUUGCAAAGAUUUUAUUUUCCGAGAUUCAGAAGACUAAACCCCGGCCUAACAAUCUUGAUAUCUUAUCCAUUGGUCGUUCUGCAUGCUGCAAAGUCAGUCUUAAAGCCUCACUAGAGGAGAAAUAUGGAAUUUUGCCUGAAAGGCUCUAUUUGAAGGCAGCAAAACUUUGCAGCGACAAUAACAUUCUGGUGAAUUGGCACCAGGAUGGGUUCAUUUGUCCUAGGGGUUGUAAGGUUUUGAAAGACCAAAGGCAUCUCUCUCCCUUAGCAUCUCUUUCUAAUGGUUUCCUAAAGCCGAAUUCUGUAAUUUUAUCAGAUCCUGCUAGUGACGAGUUGGAGGUGGAUGAGUUUCACUACAUCAUUGAUUCAUACCAUUUAAAAGUAGGAUCCUUAGAAAAGGCCACAGUCUUGUGUGAGGACAUAAGCUUUGGGAAGGAACCAAUUCCUGUGAUUUGUGUUGUCGAUCAAGAUAUUAUAAACUCUCUUAGGCAUGGGUCCAAUGAGGAAGACAUAAAUCUCUCUAUGCCAUGGGAGAGCUUUACCUAUGUUACGAAGCCAAUGCUUGAUCAAUCACUUGGUCUUGAUUCUGAGCAGAGUCUGCAACUGAGAUGUGCUUGCUCAUUUUCUGCCUGCUAUCCUGAAACAUGUGAUCACGUCUACCUUUUUGACAAUGACUAUGAUGAUGCAAAAGACAUAUUUGGGAAACCAAUGCGUGGAAGGUUCCCAUAUGACGAGAAUGGUCGAAUGAUAUUGGAGGAAGGUUACCUUGUGUAUGAAUGUAACCAGAUGUGCAAAUGCUAUAAAACCUGUCCAAACAGAAUAUUGCAGAAUGGAAUACGAGUUAAAUUGGAAGUCUUUAAAACAGAGAAGAAGGGAUGGGCAGUAAGGGCUGGUGAGGCUAUCCUUCGUGGCACAUUUGUGUGCGAGUACGUUGGAGAGGUUUUAGAUAGGCAAGAGGCACACAACCGGCGCAAAAGAUACGGCAAUGAACACUGCAGUUAUUUCUAUGACAUUGAUGAUCAUGUGAAUGAUAUGAGCAGAUUGAUUGAAGGACAGGCUCAUUAUGUCAUUGAUUCUUCUAAAUUUGGAAAUGUCUCGAGGUUCAUCAAUAACAGCUGCUCGCCUAAUCUUGUGUGUUAUCAAGUUCUUGUGGAGAGCAUGGAUUGUGAGCGUGCACAUAUUGGUCUCUAUGCAAAUCGAGAUAUUGCUUUGGGUGAAGAAUUGACAUAUAAUUAUCAUUAUGAGUUUCUGCCUGGAGAGGGAUCUCCUUGCCUUUGUGGUUCUGCGAAGUGCCGGGGACGCCUGUACUAGAACGACAACAACAUCCAUUUAGUUUUUUCCAGAUAGCCCAAUUUGGGUAGUUAAAUGAUUCACUCAACAUUUCAACAUUACAAUGUGGAAAUCAUGCCUGCCUAGCUUUGAAGGGUUACAAUACUCUUGACGUCUCUUAACAUACGAGACAAGUUAAGGCAUCUAUAUGAAGCCAGGUAUUAAUUUACAGCUGUCUAUACCAAACAUGGUCGUAUUCAAGUGAUUAGGAUUCUUUGCUGUGUAAAAUUUCUCUCUCUCUAUCUCUCUCUCUCUCAGUUUUGUAGCUUUGUUCACUUUUGUUUUCUUUUCUCUUUAUUCUCUAAUUUUCUCCUCGCCUCACCAAAUGAAAUCCAAAAGCAAGGAAGAGACAUGUCUGAAGUUAAUGCUGUCUGGAUUAACUUUCGCUUUGUGUCAAUAUCAUUGAUAGUGUUGCAGAAAUGUAAAUAAGUCUAAGGGUUUAACUUACCUCCCUUUCUUUUGUCCGCUAAAUUACUUAUUUAUAAAAUUUUCUUGCUCGUAAUUCUGUCAAUCAAAAGAUGAGCACCGAGUACGGUUAAGUGAUC